AUGGAUCUUGGCGAGGUGACGUUAAUGCCGUUAGUGACUGAAAGACCACGAUCACAUCUCGUUCGUGGGCCAGGACAACUUGCACCAACCACAUCAACUGCUCCACCGGCUCCAUCUCAAGACGAUCCUUCUCUAGAGGAUCUAGAACUCAUAGACGUACUCUGGCGUAACGACAUUGCUGCCGAGAAAGGUGCAAGGCAGCUGCAGCCGGCUGAUCAGUACGAGCUCGAUCUACAACUGCUCACGGAAAAGAGCGUUCAUGCACCGCUGUCCGCCGAAGAGUCAUCUCGCUUUGAGGAUCUGUCCAAGGUUUAUUUUGAAGACUUCUACGCAGUACCAUACGUGCUUCGUCCAGAUCAAAGGCUCAGCCUCAACCAAAUUCGUUCCCGAUCAGCUGUUUGGCGUUCGCGAGACGACCAUUCAACAAGAGAGAGGUGUCCACGCAACAGACUCAGUUUGUUUUGA